CAUCUCACAACGUAUCUGACCACGCGACAAAGAUGAGGUUCGAUCUGCAACUGUUGCUGCUGAGCAUCUGCUCCUGGACGAUCAGUGCCCACUCUCUGGUGGGUGGUGGCGUGGGUGGAGUGGCAGUCGCGGGAGGUGGCUACGUGCAGCAGUCACCGUACAUCCAGCAAGUGCCCGUCGUUCAGCAAGUGCCCAUUGUGCAGCAGCCUCAGCCGCAGGCCCUGGGUCUUGCCGGUGGUGGCCUGAUUGGAGGCGGCAUUGGCGGAGGCGUUGGCGCAGCAGCUGGCUUCGGACGCUAUCGGGAGAGCUACCGGAUUAGAGGUCGCGGUCUGGGCGGUGGAUUCCGUGCACGCUACGACAAGAAGAUUGGCGGCGGGUUUGCCGGCUUCGGAGCGGCAGGGGGUGCCGGCGCAAUAGGCGGAGCGGGUGGCGGACUGCUAGGCUGAAUUGUAGUU